UUUUGUUUAAAUCGUGCUCUUUGUCAUUAAGUUGUUCUCUUGUUGAUUUAGUAGUUAUUGGUGAUUAUAGUACUGAAGUGAACACUCAUCAGUGCCGACCGUUAGUAUUAAACUGCCGCCAGAUUCAAAUGAGUUUUUUGCUAGUAGUGCUGUGGAACAUCCACGUGGGAAAAUGAGUGAUCCAGAACCCUGCAGAAUUAAACAGGAAGAGACUGAAGAACAAUCAGACUUAAUUGAAGAGAACGAGGAUAGUGAAGAGGAGAAACAACAUGUCAAAGCUGAAAAUACACCUCAAUUACAGACUUCUGAUACUUAUUUUAUGAAUAGAAGCAAGAAUCAUUGCAUCUGCACUGAGUGUGGGAAGAGUUUCAGAGUGUCAUCAUCCCUUAAAAGACACAUGAUGAUCCACACUGGAGAGAAACCAUUCACCUGCACUCAGUGUGGGAAGAGUUACAGACAAUUAUCAUACCUUAAUAAUCACAUGAGGAUUCACACUGGAGAGAAACCAUUCACAUGUACUGAGUGUGGGAGGAGUUUCACACAAUUAACAUAUUUUAAUCGACACAUGAUGAUCCACACUGGAGAGAAACCACACAGAUGUGAUCAAUGCGGCAAAACUUUUUUGAGCUCGUCACAGCUGAGGAUGCAUCUCAGAGUUCAUACAAAGGAGAAACCGUAUUCCUGUUCUGAGUGUGGAAAGAGUUUUGCACAGCAGGCAAAUUUAAGAAAACAUCAGAAGAUCCACACUGGUGUGAAAGAGCAUAUGUGCUUUGAGUGUGAUAAGAGUUUUAUUACAGCUGCAGAAUUAAAACUGCACCAGAGGAUUCACACUGGAGAGAAACCUUACAAGUGUUCACACUGCAACAAGGGAUUUGGUCAGUUAGGAAGACUGAAAGCACAUGAAAUUAUUCACACUGGAGAGAAACCGUACAAGUGUUCACACUGUGACAAGGGAUUCAGUCAGUUAGGAAAACUGAAAACGCAUCAAAUGAUUCACACGGGAGAGAAACCGUACAAGUGUUCACACUGUAAUAAGAGAUUUUAUAGUUUAGAGCAUCUGAAAAGACAUGAGAGGAUUCACACUGGAGAGAAACCUUUCAAGUGUUCACACUGCAACAAGGGAUUCAGUCAGUCAGGAAGUCUGAAAACACAUGAGAGGAUUCACACUGGAGAGAAACCGUACACGUGUGAUCAGUGUCUGAAGAGUUUCCCACGUUCAUUUCAUCUUAAAGAACACAUGAAAAUCCACAGUGGAGAAAAGCUGAACAAAUGACAUCAAAGCGGCAAAACAGUUUCUUGUGUGCUAAGGGUGUUUCAUGUCUGGACAUCAGAAAACUUUGACUUUCUUGGGAAUCAAUCACUCUGAAAUUAGACUGGUCUACUGUGAUGUUCCUCAGGGAUCUGUCUUGGGUCCCCUAUUGUUUAAUAUGUACAUGAGGUUGGACGGUAAAAUCCCUGGUUUUAGACCACAAUAAUUCAUUAGAGAGUGAAGGUGGACUUACCUGAGAACAAUGAUUUUCGCUGCUGGCACCAUUGAAACCAAUGUUUGGCAAUUGGCACUUGUGAGCAAAAGUUUGACUAUAGCAGCCCGGCCAUGUAUAUUGAUAAAGAAUGCCCGUAGACGUGAUGUUCAAGCAGGUAUUCAGGGACCCUGGAGUAGUGGAUUAUAGUACAUACGCCAAGACUUUACUCUCUCGUCUCCAUGAAGCAGCAACCAUUAUACAACAGCAUUCUGCAAAAGAGCAACAAAAACAAGCUCAGGGAUAUAACACAAGAGUAAAGGGCACGCAUUUGAACAUUGGAGAUCAUGUACUGAUUGUUAAUAAGGAAGAGAGAGGAAGGAGGAAACUCACUGAUAAGUGGGAGUAAACAGUCUAUAGCAGGGGUCACCAAUCUCGGUCCAGGAGGGCCGGUGUCCCUGCAGGGUUUAGCUCCAACUUGCCUCAACACACCUGCCUGGGUGUUUCAAGUAUACCCAGUAAGACCUUGAUUAGCUUGUUCAGGUGUGUUUGAUUAGGGUUGGAGCUAAAAUCUGUAGGACACCGGCCCUCCAGGAACAAGUUUGGUGAUCCCUGGUCUAUAGAGUCAUCAAACAGAACCCUCGGACACCUGUGGACAAUAACAGAGCUAAAAGAGUUGUACAUCGCAAUCUCUUGCUAGACAUCAGCUUUUGACCUGCUCAAAUGGAAUUUGGGGGAGCUAGUGAUUUGCAUUUAGAUGACGUGAUGAGGAAGAGUAAGUUGCUACCUCAAAGACAGAGGACCUCUCAGAUUGUUUGGAGAGCAGUUGUUCAGAGGAACGAACAAGUCUUUGGGUGCUGGAUGGAACGGAACAUUCACUGGGUCAAAGCACUGGGUGGUUCUAUACUGAGGGAGGACAGGCAAGUCAGGAUGAUGAUUGCUCUGAGAAAUCUUUCGACGAUGAGAGUCAUACAACAG